UCUACAUGUUGCAACACAUGAUUACUGUUUAUCAUAAUGGGAUUCGAAUUUCACAAAACUAUUUUGACUCUACUUUUCGUAAUUUUCCCAAUCUUCACCACGGGAUGCAUUUCAAGACAAUUGAUGAACGGAGGGGCAAAUGCGGAAAAUAUAAACACUAAUAUCAUCGAUGAUAAUGACAAACGAAACCAACAGCACCAUCACCACCACACUUCAAUGUCAAAUAAGGGAGAAUCGGUAUGCCCAUGUGCAGACGAUAAGCUUUGUGAACCUAUUUCAACGCCUACUAGGAAAGAAGUGUUCGCUUAUGUCGGUUCGCCUGACACUGACUGGAAAGCAUUUGAUUGGAAUAAAAUCACGACUAUCUGGACACAUAAGAACUACACCUCCAUUGCACAGCUGAUGUGCUUUGCUCAUAGUAAAGGCGCAAGAGUUAUAUAUUUGAGUCAGCUACUUCAACAGCCUGACUUUCAAGUUCCCUCUCGGAGAUACGAAUGGAUAUUGACUGAAUUCCAGUACACAUUGGACAACCAUCUUGAUGGAAUCAAUAUAGAUUACGAGUACAAUGUCACGAGAGUUGGAAUGGAAGAAGACGCGAAAGCUUUAACUGCAUUUAUGUCUGAACUUACUGCAGUUUUCAAAGGUCACUUUAGUGGCUAUCAAAUAUCAUUCGAUGCUCCGUGGUCUCCAAUAUGCUGUCUUCGAUACUACAAUUAUGUUGAGAUGUCUAAAAUGAUUGAUUUCAUAUUCGUGAUGUCCUAUGAUCAAUGGUUUCCAUUUGAAAUCGUGCUUUCGUACGCUGGUCCCAAUUCGGGCCUUUUGCAGACAAUCAAAGGGAUACAGGAAUAUAUCGAUUCUGGAGUGCCAUCGAAUAAACUCAUUGUUGGAGUACCAUGGUAUGGCUACAACCAGUCAUGCACCCAUCUAAUAGAGGAUAACUGCUAUAUGCGACCAAGAAGCGGAGUUGAGACGGCUUACAAAGAGGCAAUGGUUUUGUUGAAGACGUCAUCAAUUGGUGGCAGAAAAUGGGACAACACUAACAAAUCUCCUUAUUUUAAUUAUAAGGAUGAACUAGGUCAAGUCCAUCAAAUGUGGUAUGACGAUCCAGAAAGUCUGAAGUAUAAGUAUGAACUUGUUCCUCAGAUGGAACUAGCUGGAGUUGGAAUGUGGACGGCAGAUAUGCUAGAUUAUAGUAACAGCAGUUCUGUCACAUCGGCACAAACAAAAGCAAUGUGGGAUGCUUUGCCUCAGUAUUAAAGACAGGGGCAUACAUUGGUAGAUCAUGGAUUCUCCUCCAGAAACCACCAUAUGUAUACAUGAACACAUAAUUUGCUAUUGAAAACAAAACAAUGAAUAUCUUUGUCUUUUGUCAAGAGGCACUGCCACUGCAUCUGUUGUUUUAAACAAAAGAUAUGGGCGCAUCUGUAAUGUAACCAUUCAUCAAGCAUUUGUAGCAUACCAUGUAAUAUGUUGAUAUAUAUCAACACCACUUGCACCAUCAGCAAAGGAUUGGUGGGUGUGAUUCUUUUACCACCACCCCGUCACUGAUAGAAGGAGGGGUGUUUAUGGCAAGUAACUUCUAAUUAAGUUUCGAGUUCACCAUUAAGAGCAAAAA